CUUGUUUUGAGCGAAUCAAACAUUCAGUAUUUGAAUAAGGCUCUUUGAAAGAAGGCGAUUUAUAUCCAGUGUUGAACGGCGUAGUGUGUACUCUUAUUGCUGAAUAAUUGAAACGUCAGAAUGGCCAAAGUUCUGCCAAUUCUCUUGAUAGUCGUUUGUGCGAUUGUCGGCAAAGUGACUGCAGUCGAUGACUGGUGGGAGUACGGUCACUUCUAUCAAGUGUAUCCACGCUCGUUUCAGGACAGCGACGGCGAUGGCAUUGGAGACAUUAAGGGGAUAACCAUGAGAUUGCCAUUUUUGAAGAGCAUCAACGUGACUGGCAUUUGGUUGUCGCCGAUUUUCAAAUCGCCAAUGAAAGAUUUCGGGUAUGACAUCUCGGAUUUUCGAGAAAUUCAACCGGAAUACGGAACAAUGGAAGACUUCGAAGAGCUGCUUGCACGCGGCCGAGAAUUAGACAUCAAAAUCAUUUUGGACUUCGUACCGAAUCAUUGUUCCGAUCAGCACGAAUGGUUUCAAAGAGCGCUCAACAAAAGUGAUCCUGAACACCAAAAAUAUAAGAACUAUUUCAUCUGGAACGAGGGCAAACCGGGAAGGGAUGGAAAGAAAUUGCCGCCAAGCAAUUGGCUCAGCAUUUUCCGGGGCAGUGCAUGGGAAUGGGUUGACGAUUUACAAGCGUUUUACUUGCAUCAAUUCUUGGAAGAGCAACCAGAUUUGAACUUCCGAAAUUCAAAAGUUGUAGAAGAGCUGAACGAAGUGUUGCGAUUUUGGUUGAGAAAGGGCGUCGAUGGCUUUAGAAUUGACGCAGUCCCUUUCAUUUUUGAAAGCAAAGAAAAAGCUGAUGGAUACUAUGACGAUGAACCACGCAGCGGUGAAUGUAAUGACGAUCCAUUGGCCUCGUGCUAUUUGAACCAUACUGAAACGAAAGACCAAGACGAGACAUAUGACAUGCUCUAUCAAUGGCGAAGAGUGAUGGAAGAGCCCGAAUUUGAUGGUCACACUCGCAUUUUGAUGGCAGAAGGAUACACGUCGGUGGUAAACACAUUGAGAUACUACGGUAGAAUUGAAAAUGGGGAAAUUGUGGAAAAUGGUACACAGAUUCCAUUCAACUUCUUGUUGCUGUCAAACACGUGGAUGAGCACGGGAACCUACGGAUUCAUUCAAAACAUUCUAGACUGGGUCAACAAUCUACCAGAAGGUGCACAGGCCAAUUGGGUUUUGGGAAAUCACGACAACAAACGCAUUGCUACGAGGUACAAGCCAUCACGUACUGACUUGUUCAACAUUCUGUUGAAAACUUUGCCCGGAGUUACAGUUACAUAUUACGGCGAGGAAAUCGGAAUGACGAAUGUGUUUGUUUCAUGGGAAGAUACCGUGGAUCCACAAGCAAUUCGCACAAGUCGGGAAUCUUACGAAUGGUUCUCUCGCGAUCCCGAGCGUACACCAUACCAAUGGAACUCAUCUACAAACGCUGGAUUCAGUUCGGCGAAUAAGACAUGGCUGCCCAUAGCACCGAACUACACUGAAUGUAAUUUUGCACUGCAAUCGCGGCAAGAGCGAAGUUUCUUGAAGAACUUCCGAGAUUUGAUGUUUUUGAGAAACAACAGUCCCGCAAUGAAAUAUGGUGGAUUGCAAAUAGUUCCAGUCGAUACCGAAGUCAUGGUGUACAAGAGAUCAAUCGCAAAGGAUCCCAAUGCAGACAUUAUCGUUGUUAUACUAAACUUGGAGGGAAAUACGAAGACAAUCGACUUGAAUGCUCAUCUUGAUGCUUUGCCGAAAGAAAUGACAGUUGCCGUCGCGUCGAUUCAUUCAGAGGAGUUAGUAAAAGGACAAACCGUUUAUACAAGCGCAGUCAAAGUGACACCGGAUGUUGGUAUCGUUCUCAUUGACAAAAAAACAACUAGUCCCAAACCAAGUUUCAAACCAGAUUCCGAUUCAGACCAUGAAACAGAGGCUGAACCAGUGUCCGCGCCUUCUUUUGUAAAUAGAACCAAGAAAUUCUUCAGAAACUUAGUCAAAACGGUGAAAAAAAUCUUUUCAAAAGUUUGGUUAUAAAAUAGACCUAGUGAAAUGAACCUCUUUAAAAAUGUAUAUAUAUUACGUCAAUAAUAUAUCAAGUGAAACAAUGAGCAUCACUGUACAUAAUCGAUGAGCAAGUGAUAUGAUACAGUGGGUCAUUGACACAACGAGAAUUUAGCAAGGUAAAAACGUACGGUUUCACAUAUACCAUAUGAAUGGUCACUUGUACAUACAUCUAUCGGUAGAUACUUAUAAAUAAUUCAUUGAUGACGUUUUAAUGAAUCGCAAUCAAAAUAGAUUCGAAAAAUACAAAAUGCAUUUUGAGUUUAUUGAUCCGAAAUCACAAAACUUAGAUAUUCCAAUGGCACGAAAAUUGGACUUUUUAAAUAUUAAUUUGAACAGAAAAUGUCAACAAAAUGCUUCAUUGCAUAACAAGAAGUAGUAGCAAAGUAAUAAUUCUAUCAAACGGCGUUUUGUCUUUGGUCAUUUGAAAAUGCAGUUACGUCGCAAAAUGUAAUAGAAGCAAUAAAGUUCAAGCAAAUUUACUUCUAACUGGUUGAAGUUUCCCCCUCAUUAUCGAUUCA